CCUUGCUAACCAAUCAAAGCUGAAGGAUGUGGCUCCUCAUUGUCCUAGCAGGGUAUAUAUAGGGAGGUCAGUAGCCCUUGAGAAGACUACAGUUUACAAGAUGACUGAGAUUCCUAAGAACCCAGAGGAGCCUAGCUCAGAUACAGAAACAGGAUGCACGGCACAAAAGCCUCUGACCACCAAAUGGAGAAAGAAUGGGCUCCCCUGGGAACCCACUGGCAAAGAAGCUGAAAGGAUGCAGAACAUCCUGGCGAAGGUAAAAUUAGCCCUUCAGCAGAAUGCAGACAAGCGCCAAACAGGGAAGAGAUCAAACAUAAUAGUCUUUUAUCACAGGGGGACUAAAAAAAAGAGUGAAAAUCAACCAAAGAACGAUGAAGAAAGCAUGUAGGAGUCUCCCACUUCAAGUACUUCCCUGUGCCUACCAGGAACCUGAGACCUUUGUGGAGAUCAAAACUAACACCAAUGGUGACCUGUGUGGAGACAAAAUGAAGUUCUCAUGUUUUCAUGAUUAAAAUAAAAUUUUAAAAAGGA